AUGACACACGGGAAGGGACGGGAAUUCAAGAAACUACCGCCUCUCAAACUGGAAAACAUUAAGGAUGGACAUUUGCAGCUACUUCUUUUUGAGGCAGAGAGGGCGUGGGUCUAUUCGCAAGAGCUUUCUUUACAGUCUACACAACUGGCGGUAAAUUCGAAAGCCGGCAUUAAAGGGCACGAUAACACUCCGUCUGCGCUGAGGCGGCAUGCUACGAGUCGUCUCCGCCGCGCGGUUAACUGGUCUACAGAGCUUCUUUCUCACUGCCAGGCCCUCUAUGCCUCAUCACGUCUCUCCGCAGAGAGCCUCGUACAAGCCACUGUCUAUACUCUGAUCGUCAAUGGCCGUCUCCUACGACAUCGUUACGAGUACGAAGACGCGCUUAUUCAACUCAGUGUCGCACGUAAACUACUUGAUGAGCUCGCCAGUAAGGCCACUACUAGCCGUGAUCAAGCUCUCGCGACUACUUUUUCUGAUGAAAUUGGCCCCGAAAUACGACACUGCGCCCACGAGCUCCGCCGAGCCAAUGCAUACGAUAUCGACGCCAUCGUGGCCGACGUAGCGCCGAAGCAUCAAAAUGGGCUCGUCGAAGGAUGCGAUGCAUUGAUCAAAAAUCUCGGGAAGGAGACGGGAUUAGGGCAGGAGCGCCAGAAGUUGGACACAUUGAUGUGGGAGGACGAGGUUGUGCCUGUACGGAAUCCAGAGCUAGUAGACGUGCUGCUACGGGUACAAGAUGCGGAGAAGCGGCUCAAGAAUGCAGAAAUUCCGGAGGAGCUUCGCGAGAAGCGGGGGGAUGUGGGUGAAAGAAAGAAGAGCAAGUUGGGCAAAGGCGCUCGGUCGAAGCGCGGCGUCGCGGCGUUCGAUGCGGUCCUUCUUGCGCUGAGUGACGCGGAGGAUGUCGCGCGUAAGUUAGUGGAGGUGCACGAGUUGAGUGGCGGAAGUGCCGCAAGUACAACGGCUGGGACGCGCGACAUUCAAUUCGUCCAUGCAUUUGUCGUUUAUCAGCUCCUGUCAUAUCGCAUUCAGCGCGAUCUUCUUCUAAUAUCCACCCUUUUGCAUCAAUCGCAGGCUCAUCACCAUCUCAGUGCUAGCCAGGGCACAGGGUCGUCGAAGCCGCACAAGGAACGAGUGGAUGCUAGGCUUUUCCCAGCUGUAGUCAAGCUUCUCGAUACGAUCAUCCAGAGUCUCGACCAAAUGCGGACGCUUACUGUUGUAGACGAGAGCCCUGAUCUUGCCUCCGCCGUUGAGACCAGAUUGUCCUUCACCAAGGCUCGAAGGUGCCGCUACCUCGCCCUUUGUUAUGGGCCUCAAAAGCGUUACGCAGAGGCACUGACACUUACGCAACACGCCAACGUGCACAUCCGCGAAGCUCGGUCGAUCUUGGGUCUCAUCAGCGGCAACGACCCCAUUGCUUUGGGCACCCGUCUCUUCUAUCCACUCAUAGAAUCUGAUAUCGAUAAGCUCGAAUCUGAUAUUUCUGCGGAUAGUCUUGACUACAAGAAAGAUUGGUUUGCAUUCAACGGUGGCUCGGUCGGUACGGACAACAAAGCCCACAAGAAACCCCUCUUUUUUGACAUCGCGUUAAACUACGUGGAGAUUGACAUGGAUCGUUUACGGGAGCGGGCUGGCAAGAAGCCUGUAGUGCCUCAAAUCACUCCCGCAGCGCAGGUACCCGUAGCCUCAGCUUUCGAGAAGAAGACUACUGCAAGAGCAAAGGUAGAAGAGAUUGAGCGUGCGCCAACUCCCGAUCCGUCCGCAUCCACCCGGAGUGGGUUGAGCAGCUUGCUUGGAGGGUGGUGGGGGAGGAAAUAG